AUGUCAACAUCAGAAAAUACUUUUUUCUGCUGUGAGGAUGACCAAGUACUGGAGAAAGCUGCCUGGAGAGGAAACAAGCCUGUAAGACGCAAGGCCAACAACAAAAUCAUGGCAACAUCUGGUGGAACUGGCCGCUCUCCCCUCAGCAUCCUACAAGAUGAUAAUUCCCCAAGUGCUCCUGCCCCUCGCCAGGGUAAGAGGCAUGUGUUGGGAGAGAACCUUGGGGAGAAGAAGGAGGUGACAGUGGAUCUGAGCAGGAGCCUCAAAUCUGGGAACUGUUCUUGGAGUGACUUGAACAAAGAGAACCAUCAGUGUCCUUUUGUGGAGAACUAG